AUUCCUAAAUUCAAUAUCCAAUAUUGGUAUAUAUAUAUAUAUAUAUAAUCUCACUCCCAUUUCCAAUUUCUCACUCUUCUUUUGUUGUUGGCUACAUCACCGUCUGUUUCAGCCAUGGCGUUUCCCUACAUGGAAGCUGUUGUCGGGUUUAUGAUAUUAAUGUACAUAUUUGAGACUUACUUGGAUGUGCGACAACAUGCUGCCCUUAAACUUCCUACUCUUCCAAGGACUCUAGAAGGAGUUAUUAGCCAAGAGAAAUUUGAGAAAUCUAGAGCCUAUAGUCUCGAUAAAAGCCACUUCCAUUUUGUUCAUGAGUUUGUGACAAUAGUGACAGACUCUACAAUUUUGUACUUUGGGGUAUUGCCCUGGUUUUGGAAGAAAUCAGGAGAUUUUGUGACAGUAGUUGGUCUCGAUGCAGAAAAUGAAAUACUGCAUACUCUUGCCUUUUUAGCCGGUUUGAUGAUUUGGUCACAGAUAACUGAUUUGCCUUUUUCUCUGUACUCAACUUUUGUGAUUGAGGCCCGUCAUGGUUUUAAUAAGCAAACACCAUGGUUAUUCUUUAGGGACAUGAUUAAAGGAAUUUUCCUGGCAGUAAUAAUUGGUCCACCCAUUGUGGCUGCAAUCAUUGUAAUAGUACAGAAAGGAGGUCCAUAUCUGGCCAUCUAUCUUUGGGCAUUUACAUUUGGUCUUUCUAUUGUGAUGAUGACUCUUUAUCCAAUACUAAUAGCUCCACUCUUCAAUAAGUUCACUCCACUUCCAGAUGGUCAACUCAGGGAGAAAAUCGAGAAACUUGCUUCAUCCCUCAACUUUCCGUUACGGAAGUUGUUUGUUGUUGAUGGAUCCACAAGAUCAAGUCACAGCAAUGCCUAUAUGUAUGGAUUCUUCAAGAACAAGAGAAUUGUGCUUUAUGACACAUUAAUUCAACAGUGCAAAAAUGAUGAGGAAAUUGUCGCUGUUAUUGCCCAUGAGCUGGGACACUGGAAGCUCAACCAUACCGUGUACACGUUUGUUGCUAUGCAGAUUCUUACACUUCUGCAAUUUGGAGGCUAUACACUGGUGCGGAAUUCAAGUGAUCUGUUUCGAAGUUUCGGGUUUGAUACACAGCCAGUCCUCAUUGGACUCAUCAUAUUCCAGCAUACUGUAAUCCCACUUCAGCAAUUGGUCAGCUUUGGUCUAAACCUUGUGAGCAGAUCAUUUGAAUUUCAGGCUGAUGCCUUUGCUAAGAAGCUUGGAUAUGCAUCUGCAUUACGGUCUGGUCUCGUGAAACUACAGGAGGAGAAUCUGUCAGCCAUGAAUACAGAUCCUUGGUUCUCUGCUUAUCACUAUUCUCAUCCUCCUCUCGUUGAAAGAUUGGCGGCGCUAGACGAACCAGAUAAGAAGGAAGACUAAAGCAAACGACUUAUAGAUGAAGAGCAGCUAAAAUUCGUUAUACUAUGACUUGCUAUGAUUUGAGUGUUGCAGUAGUUGUAAUAUCUCAAAGGUGACAUGUUUGUGUAGUUUAGGUUCAGUGAUCAUGCUUUGGUCUAGGAUGCAAGUUGACACCAAAUGGGUUAGAUAAUAUUGCAAGAGUUAAGGGAAAUAGGGGCAUAGCAAAACGUAUUUAUACGUGUAUCUCUAGAUUCCAUUUUUCCUGGGUUGCAAACUCUCUCAUGAUGUUUUAUAAUCCGGUUUAUGUCUCGCUUCUGUUUUGCUG